CCAUUUUACAACAGCUCCACUCGCGCCGGACCCAGGGAGCAGCGAGCACGCGUUUUCCACAACACGAUUUCCUCGGACAGGAUUCCUCCGCCGCAGCCCAACGGGGAGAUCUCUGGAAACAUGGCUACAGAACAUGUUAAUGGAAAUGGUACUGAAGAUACUACUUCUGCAGUUAUCCAUUCAGAAAAUUUUCAGACAUUGCUUGAUGCUGGUUUACCACAGAAAGUUGCUGAAAAACUAGAUGAAAUUUACGUUGCAGGGCUAGUUGCACAUAGUGAUUUAGAUGAAAGAGCUAUCGAAGCUUUAAAAGAAUUCAAUGAAGACGGUGCAUUGGCAGUUCUUCAACAGUUUAAAGACAGUGAUCUCUCUCAUGUUCAGAACAAAAGUGCCUUUUUAUGUGGAGUCAUGAAGACUUAUAGGCAGAGAGAAAAACAGGGGACCAAAGUAGCAGAUUCUAGCAAAGGACCAGAUGAGGCAAAAAUUAAGGCACUCUUGGAAAGAACAGGCUACACACUUGAUGUGACUACUGGACAGAGGAAGUAUGGGGGACCGCCUCCAGAUUCCGUUUAUUCAGGUCAGCAGCCUUCUGUUGGCACUGAGAUAUUUGUGGGGAAGAUCCCUAGAGAUCUAUUUGAGGAUGAACUUGUUCCAUUGUUUGAGAAAGCUGGACCUAUAUGGGAUCUUCGUUUAAUGAUGGAUCCACUUACUGGUCUCAAUAGAGGUUAUGCGUUUGUCACUUUUUGUACAAAAGAAGCAGCUCAGGAGGCUGUUAAACUGUAUAAUAAUCAUGAAAUUCGUUCUGGAAAACACAUUGGUGUGUGCAUCUCUGUUGCCAACAAUAGGCUUUUCGUGGGCUCUAUCCCUAAGAGUAAAACCAAGGAACAAAUUCUUGAAGAGUUUAGCAAAGUAACAGAGGGUCUUACAGAUGUCAUUUUAUACCACCAACCGGAUGACAAGAAAAAAAACAGAGGCUUUUGCUUUCUUGAAUAUGAAGAUCACAAAACAGCUGCUCAGGCAAGGCGUAGGUUAAUGAGUGGUAAAGUCAAAGUCUGGGGAAAUGUUGGAACUGUUGAAUGGGCCGAUCCUAUAGAAGAUCCUGAUCCUGAAGUUAUGGCAAAGGUAAAAGUGCUGUUUGUACGCAACCUUGCCAAUACUGUAACAGAAGAGAUUUUAGAAAAGGCAUUUAGUCAAUUUGGGAAACUGGAACGGGUGAAGAAACUAAAAGAUUAUGCUUUCAUUCAUUUUGAUGAGCGAGAUGGUGCUGUCAAGGCUAUGGAAGAAAUGAAUGGCAAAGACUUAGAGGGAGAAAAUAUUGAGAUUGUUUUUGCUAAGCCACCAGAUCAGAAAAGGAAAGAAAGAAAAGCUCAGAGGCAAGCGGCAAAGAAUCAAAUGUAUGAUGAUUACUACUAUUAUGGUCCACCUCAUAUGCCCCCUCCAACAAGAGGUCGAGGGCGUGGAGGUAGAGGUGGUUAUGGAUAUCCUCCAGAUUAUUAUGGAUAUGAAGAUUAUUAUGAUUAUUAUGGCUAUGAUUACCAUAACUAUCGUGGUGGAUAUGAAGAUCCAUACUAUGGUUAUGAAGAUUUUCAAGUUGGAGCUAGAGGAAGGGGUGGUAGAGGAGCAAGGGGUGCUGCUCCAUCCAGAGGUCGCGGGGCUGCUCCUCCUCGCGGUAGAGCCGGUUAUUCACAGAGAGGAGGUCCUGGAUCAGCAAGAGGCGUUCGUGGUGCGAGAGGAGGUGCCCAACAACAAAGAGGCCGCGGGGUACGUGGUGCGAGGGGUGGCCGCGGUGGAAAUGUAGGAGGAAAGCGCAAAGCUGAUGGGUACAACCAGCCAGAUUCCAAGCGGCGCCAGACCAAUAAUCAGAACUGGGGCUCCCAACCCAUUGCUCAGCAACCGCUCCAAGCAGGGAAAAGGGGUCGAGGCCGGUCCUGACCUGUUACAAUGAAGACUGACUUGCUAUGUGGGAUUACACCAGAAGCUUGCAGUGGAGUAAUGGUAAGGAAAUCAAGCAACCUUAAAUAUGUCGGCUGUAUAGGAGCAUAUUCUAUUGCAGAAGACCUUCCUAUGAAGAUCAUGGAAUCAAAUACAGGACAUUGAACUAAUACUUGGACUUUGAUAUGAAUUUCUUUAACAAUUUUCUCUGCAGUGCAAGUUAUUAAACUAAAGCUACUCUAUUUUCCAAAUGUGUUCCAACAAAAAUCCUUCAUAACUUCUAGCAUGGUAUCUUAAUAAAGAAUAAAGUUCUUCUCUUUAAAAAAUCUGCUCUAAGUAGAUUUUUCCCCUAUGGUUUUUUAGAUUAAGGAUCCCAGCAGUGAUAUUCUGAAAUAUUCUCUUGAAUUUGUGCAUUUAAAUUUUAUUGCAGUGGUAUAGAUGAAUGCCAUUGUUGGUAUCCUUAAAUCUUAUUUCUGCUCACCAAGGUUAAUCAUGAUUGUCUAUAUCUUUUUUAUAGUAAUCACUUUUGAAUUGUGUUUCAGAUAUGCAGUUUCAGGUGUAAUCAUCAGAGCUGGUUAGUCAGGCAUUCCAGAUAGUGGUUCUUUUCAGAACCUUUUUUAAAGGGUUGGUUAACUACCUCAGUAGCAGAGGAUUGAACUAUACCCUAUGUACUGUACAUAGAAAAUCUUUGUAGAUAAAAGCAAGGCUUGUUAAAUAUGAUAUGAGGGUAAGAUUUUAAUAUACCAAAUGUAACAUUCUUAGUUGCCUUUAGUUUCAGAGGCUUGUAAGACUUCCUCAUGACCAUCAUAACAGGCCUUGCUUUUGUCGUAUUUUGUGGCUGAAAAAGCAGCCUUGCUUCUUCAGAUAUUGUAGUUAUUUGGAUGUAUAAUAGUUUAGGAAGAUGUUACUUUUGUAAGACAUCAGAUGUUCAAAAAAAAAAAAAAUGCAUCCGAACUUGUACUAAAUACUGCAGUGUCCCUUUAUAAAAAGUCAGACUAAAACUGACAGUUGUACAGCUAAGCCUGACAUUUGGAUAUUUUGAAGUUUUUUUCAUAAAAUCAUAGAAAUUAGUAUGGCUGUAGUUUAGCUUUUUAGGUAAAAGGUAUGUUUCAUUAGUGCAUUUCUUAUUGCUGAUCACUGCAAAAAUGUGAAUCAGCUUUCCAUUUCUUAUGCAGGUCAUGAUAACUUGUAGAGUAGAGUACAAUCAUUUGUGCUAUGUUUUUAAUUUUCUGAAGCACCUUGAUGACAGUGAGUGUUCAGUGGUGAAGCAUCCUCUAUUGAAUCACCCUCAGAAAAAUUUUUUGCCAAGUCCUAAGUUUAUAGCUUAAAGUCAAAAGUGAAAUUAUUGUUUAAUUAGGACUUGGUAUAAAGAAUUUCCUUCUCCCCUUCCCCAAAGGGAUACUGCAGUUAUAUCACAUACCCAAUAGGCACCAUGAUGAAGAUCAGAGCUUAUUAUACUUAAUUAAGGUUUUAUACACACCAGUUCCCCAGUAAAUGCAAAUUUAACAAGAAAAUUAGACGUGUCAUAUGUUCAAAAUGCUCAUGGCAAACAAUCAUUUUGCAUUCCUGCAAAUAAAAUUGUUUUAUACUGUAAGCUGGAGGCGAGUGUAACUUAUUUUUGUAAUAAAGUUUUUAUUUUUUUUAUGUGUCAUUAAUAUAAAUGUGUGUUAGUAGAAAUCUUCUGGUUUAAAAACUUAGGAUUGCACACAUUUCAGUAUGUUUGCUUGUACUUACAUAAUUUUAGAAUAGUGGUUGCCAAUAGGCUGUAUGUUUCACAUUAAUUGGUUUUUUUAUGUUAUCUUAAUAAAUCAUUUUAGUAUGUUGUAUGUCAGUUACUGGGAUAGCUGGGACAUAGAGUGUAAUUUAAAAUUUGUCAAUAAGUAUUCAUUGGAAUAUAUGUAAAUGUGCCUUGCCGGUUAUUGAAAUUUACCUACAAAUGAGUAUGGGGUGACAAAAAUUAGUUCCUGGUGCUUAAUGAAACUUUCUGCCACUGAUUUUUUAUAUUACCCCGUGCUUUUUUAAAGUACAUAUCUCUCAAAUCUUAGUGUAAGUUUGAGGGCUACACAAACCAUUUACAUUUCAUUCUAACAUAAUGAGUAUAAUAGGUUCAUGAGAAGUGGGUAAACUAAAUGUAGCCUUCAGUAAAAUUGAAUCUCAGUGUAAUCCUUGGUGCUGGCGUUUCACAGUACCAGGGAGUUAAAUGAUCCUAUCAAAGAGGUCAUUGCCAUGCCUAUUGGCACUUUACUGUCAUACUGUUUUUAAGGGACACUGUCAAGGUGUUUAAGUUGAUUCUCAGAAUUAUUUGUUGGGAUUUAGGGCAAGUUUGUUUGACUUCAGUAGAACUGCAUUGUCAAAGUUGAAAGAUGAACACUUUUGUGAGUCCACAAAGGUGUUCCUUAAGCAUUAAAAUACCAUGGAGCUGUGGAUUUCCAAGACUAUUUGGCAUUCUUAGUUUGGGGACUCGGGAGGGAAAACUGAUGAUACAAAGAAAUUUUGAAGAAAUGUUGGUUAUACUUAAAGAAGGCUAACGUAGACAGGGGUGAUGAAGUAUAUACAUGCUGAAGUGAAAUUACUUGACAGUGUUCAUUCGAAUAACUGAAUUCAAGCCAUUAUAAUUGCUUUUAAAAUUAAAUAUCAUUUGCACUGUUCUGAUAAUGGGUGCAGUUUUUGAGCAAUAUAAUCAGAGCUAAAUAUGCAUGUAGUUAUUAGUGAUGUGAACAAUUAAGUUCUGAGAAGAAAUACUAACUGGUAUUUUCAAACUUAAAUUUCUGUAGUAAAAUCCGUAUCAAACUCUUAUCAGAGAUCAAGGAAACAGGCAAUGCAUAUAAACAUACUUCUGAAUGUUGUGUGGCCUAUAAAGCAAUAAUGCAAUUUAUAUGGAAUGUCAUGGGAUAUAAGAAAUGGAAAUGCAAAAAUAACUAAUCCUUUAGUAAAAAUGUCAACAUGUUAAGGGGGAAUGUUAAAUAUUGUAGGUUAUUGCUCUUUGUGAUUUGUUUAUGGGUUCUUGGCUUUGACAGCUUCAAAGAAUGGACAGACAAGUUAAAAAUUUUUAUGUGUAUUGUCAAGGCAAGGGUCUGAAAUCUAAGAGUCAAUUCCCUUCCUUGGGGUGAAAAAUGUAUCCAUAAAGCAUUCUGAAUGUUAAAAAGAAAACUUGAGUUACCUAACCAAAACAGACGCAAGAUUUUGUUUCUGCAGACUACUUGGCAGUCAAAAGUAAUCAUAAAUUUUAGUUUAUAAAUUUUCAGAAAGUUGAUUUGUGACAAAAUUGUGUUAUACGUAUUCUACCAAACAUGCUUUUUAUGGAAUAUUUUCAGCCAUUACAACUGAAUAAGAUACUAGAGAUGAAGGGAGAAUUGAGCACAAAAGGCUGUUGCACACUCGUGACGGCGGUUGCUGUAGCGCCAUGAGAAAGUUUCUACCAAUUAUUGUAAGCAGGACUUAACAAAAUAUUAGCAUUUUCCUCAUAAUCAUAUGGAAAAACAUAGAAAUGGAUUGAUGGGAUGACCCGCGGUAUUCAAUUGUAUAUAAAACAUUUGGAAAGACUGAUGAGCCACAUGGUAGAUGGGCAAAAUUAUACAUGCAGGACAACUUUUUUGAUUGCUAAGCCAAAAGUGACUGUUGAUCAGAAACAUAGCAAAAGACCACUGUUACUACAGAGUAUGACAUGUAGUCUGUAUUUUUAAGGGGAGAAGUUAAAAAAUAGGAGGGUUUUGUACAUGUAGAAGAGGGAGCUAACCGUAGAUUGAAUGAUAGUUUCCUAAAACUUUAAAAAAAUACCUACCAUGACCAUCUUUUCCCCAAUGAUGUAUACCAUAAAAUUUUUUUCUAAUCAUAGGAAUUCAGUGGUGGGUGUAGAAUUAAUGAAGAAAGAGCUUAAGUGACAAUACAUCAAAGGAACAGACCUGGAAUGCUUUAAGGUGUAGUAUAAAUUAUUCAGUAAUCAUACCACUCAAUAGGGUGUGCCACUACGUAUCAUAAGAUGCUAAUUAUGAGCCAAUGUUUGCAGACAUUUUUAACUGUGGGCAAAAUAGUAGGUGGAUUUUUUUGAGUCUUGUCAACUUUUUUAAGGUACUUAAGAUAAAUUCCAUUAGUACCACAGUCUGCCUUUAGCAAUAAAAUGCCUAAAAUAUUUUUCAGGACCAGAAGCAUUCAGUUGGGAAAAAAAAAAUCUUUUUUAUAAAAAAGUGCAAAUCAGUAUUACAGCUAACACUCUGGGUCAGAGAUUAGGUUUUUAAUGACAUUGACAGUAGUCUUAGAAAGGUAAACAUUUAGAAGUCUGGCAUUGAGAAACAAAAGCUUGUACCUGAUUAGUAUUUUAAUUUAAAAAAAUUAGUUUUGUUAGCUUAUUUUUAAAUUGUCUUUACAUUUAUUUAUCCAUAAAUUUAUAUAUUUAUUUCAUUCCUUUCAUCUCACUGAAAACUGUCUGCAGGCUCUUUGAUUUGGAUUAGAUGUAUGAAGUACUGUCUUUUGCCAAAAACCUCAAAUUUCCUGUUCUUUUCAACGUAGUGGGUUUGUGCUUGUUUGGAGAUCAGUUCAAAAACUAUCUGUACUAUCUGUACUGCCUCUGAUGUUAAGAUUUUAUGUAUAGCAUAAGGAAGCUAGCUCUGACUAUAUUUUCCUAAGAAUAAAGACCUAUUUUUGUAGCAUGUCUUAGGAUCUCCAGGAGUCCAAGAAUUAUUGUGGGUGUCCUCCAUUUCAUCAUUUUUCAUUUAACAGCUUUUAAGUAGACUCGUGGAGUCUUUAGAGCUCUUUGAUCAUUUGGUAACCCAUACAUUCAAAGCAAAUAGACUGGUAAAAAAUUCUCCAAGAUCCACAGUUGCAAGCAUGUGGCGGGGAGACAUUGAGAGUAAAUGUACAGGGCUGGUCUUCAUUAAGUGAUGGUGAAAAUACUCUGGUCAAAUACAUGUCAGUGGAUUCGAUGGAGAAGUUAUGAUAAUUCAGCUCGUUUUUACGUUACUGGGAACGUGCUCCACCAUUCAGUGUGUUUCCCUUGUCUAUCACUAGCAAAUACAUUUUCUUUCUGAAGAUUUGGAAAUGAGAAGUUGAGGUUGCAAGAAAUUGAGGAGAGAACAACAAACAAUCUGUUCUAAUGUUCACAUUUAGAUGACUGCAAAUGAGGUUAGGUAGGUGAAAGCUUAAAAUGUGUUCAUUAAGAGAAGUUGAUAAAUCACUAUUUAAGAAGGGGGAACUUAAAUUUGGAGCUUUUGACUUAACAGCCCUAGGAUUUCUGGGGGUGGGGGGUUUGGGACAGGUACAGUUUCAUCUACUCGAUUAGUACAAGGAUCCUUUUAAGUCACUUUUUCUGUUUAGGAUUUCCAAAAUUUUUACUGAUGAGUGCAAAAAAUUUCUCAUUUCAGAAGUCAUGGAAAUGUUACGAUACUUAAAAAAUUAUGGUGUACCACUAGGGCGUUUUGAAAACUUUCCGCUGCCCGUUUAAUCUUCUGUGCAGAUGCCAAAGUAGUACUUAACAUUUUCUUGUGGAAAUUAGGGUGCUGAAUAAGAUUACUUUUUUGAGUGAGGGAGGUGUCACGUUUUGGAAAUCAGUGUCAUUGUUAACAGCUUUCUAAAAUGUGUUCAUAACAAGUAGUGAAAUGGGGUAGGAGGAAGAUAGUUCAUUUAUUACUUAGCUUCAAUGAAUGUCUGCAUUUGAUUUUCUCUGACAUUCAGAGAGAAGUUCUUAAAGGCUGCUGUCAGUAAUGUUUAUGAAUUGUCAUUUCUUGCCCUAAUUUUAGGCUUUCGACUGUUUUGGAAAGUGAUUUUUGUGGAUACAUAAAGGAUUUGGCGUCUUCUGUCAUUUAUGAGCUACAGUGUUUUUUUUUUUUUCAGGGCAAAAGGGCAAAGAAUUUAGUGUGAUUAAGCCACUAAAUAGCACAAGUUAACUAAAGGAUAAGCAGAUUAGGGCUUGUUCAUAAUUUAAAAUUUGUAGAAAAGAGUUUUGUAGAUUCCAGAUGAUAAAAAUCAGGUCUGUUACGUGUAGAAACAUACCAUGACCAUGUAAUCGAGAGUUGCCACAUCUUAGAUCUUUUGUGACUUUAUUUAAUGGUAUUUAAAUGACAUGAAGAAAAUAAAUUUGAAUAACCUGCCCUUUAAUAAUAAUGAAGUUUGUGUAAUCUUGCCUUUGAACAAAGUGUAAUUUACCAUGAGAAUUAGAAAAUGCCAGUACGGUAUCAUUUGAACACAGUAUUGCUAAAACUAGGUAUAUAAGAACCCCUAUGACUUCAUUUUUUUCAAAGAAUAUAACUGUUAAAAUGUCAAUGUUCAUGUUGCUUUAAUUAUAAGACUCAUGAAUUAGAGCUCUAAAAUUGCUUUAACAUGUCAUGAAAAAUUAGGAAAACAUACUAAUUGUUUCAGUAUAUUUAAUAUUUGGAUUGUGCUUCGAGAGAAGUAAUUAGCAAUAUAUGUCAAAGGUCAUCCAGAAAAAUUGACAGAAUACGUUUUUAAUUCUGUUCCACAUGCCUAUGUGUGAUACAGAAUGUUACUUUGGCAAGAUUUAAUUUGUACCUUAUUGCUUUGUUCUUGAAAUAGUAAAAAUCUUCAUGAAUUUGCAGAAAUUAAAUUGCUAGGAAUUCUUCAACAUAAUUAAGGACAGGCGUACCCUGCCUAACAUCAGCUUCAUUUAUAAUUAGAAUUAAAAAUUUGAAAAAGUAUUUAUUCUGCAAUUACAUCAUUUAACAGGUCUUAAUUGAUCUCUUGUAUUUCUUGAAGAUGCAUUUAGCUUUUAGGGAAACAAAAUUAGGGGCCCAGCAAGUAGGUGGAGUUACUGUUUCUUUGGCUUAUCCCUCCUAGAACCUCUUUUAUCAGUUUUUUAAAUUGUUACUUAAUUCUUUAAGAUCAUGCAGUUUCUUCUUUACAUGAUUUAUUUACCUCCUUUUAGAAUGGAAGCUCCAUGAGGGCAGGGAAAUCUGAAUUAAUGAUAUUAGGCAGACAUAUUUUAAGACAUUUUUAAAAAAAUCUCUGAAGAUAGUUUUCAUUUUGUAGUGGAAAUUUAGCUUACUUGUUGAGUAAGGCUUAAUGGUAACAUGUUAACUUGAAAAAAUGGAGCAUCUUGAACCACAUGUUUUACAAUGUGGAGGUUUUUUUUUUUUUUAAAAAAAACAUAAAAUGCUAAUGUUUUAAAUCAGAUUUUGAAGAUCCAUAUUGAAAUUGGCAGCCUGUCAAUCUGACAGUUUCCCCCCAAAAAAUCAUAAAUUGUCUUGAUAUUAUGGAAAAGUUGGUCUUCAAUCUGUAGACUGCUUUAUGUUUUAUUAAUUGUAAUCAUUAACCCUAUGUGAAAGUUAACUAUUUACAUUUUUAUUAUUUGAAAUUAGAGAAAAAGGGGGUCACAAGUCAUCUUUAUCAGUGGACCUAAGGAAAUCAGGCAAUUUUCGUUUAUGUUCAAUUUAAUUUGCUGAACAAAAACAGUAUCAACUUGCAGAUUCCUUGUUUAUACUAUAUAUUUUUUUGAGGUAGUGACACAUGUUUUGCUGGUUAAGAGUCUAGAUGGCUUUUAGCUCAUAAAGAUCCUUUUACAGAGCACUUUUGAAGAUGAGAGUAUAGGAGAUGUUGAGAUCCUGAGAGAUGCAGGAAGGCUGGAUAACUGAAAGUCUUGAAAACAGCUAUUCCUAAGAGUAAUCCAUUUUAUUAUAUUUUAAAAUAACCUUAGAGCAUUAGUUGCAUCCAUAUCAAUAGCUUUAUAUUACUUAUCAAAGGUAGGUGGUUGAAAUUAAAUUACCUGAAAAGUCAGGCUGAAAAAUAAAAGGUUUUGAGUUUAAGGCACUGUCUCUGAUUACAGUGUGUAUAUACCUCCUAAUUUGAGUAAUGAUAGGUAAAGGUGUUAUUUAUGCUUAUGUAUACUUGACUGAUGGCACUUUAAAGAGAUCUGUACUUGGAAAACAUGCAAACAGCAGAGGAUAUGAAAGUCUACUUUUCUGCCUAAAACCCUGCUCUAUGCAGAGAUAACCCCUCUCUUUAGUUUAUGGUAGUUACACGUAUUAUACCUUUAUUAAUUACCAACUUUAAGCAGUUACUUCUUUAUCCCUUGUGAGCAAUUUAGCUUAUACCACUCCUGUUCUUUUGCCCAACUAUUUUAAAUUCAAUUAGUUACCUUUAUUGCUUUAAAUACACUUAAUUCCCUACUACCAAUUUUAUUAUCUGUUUAUUCCUCUCUGUAUAAGGAAACGGCACACUCAUACUUUAUUUUUGUUUUCUUCUCCCAACUCCUGUUAGCAAUAUCUUUACUCUUCUGCCAUCAAGUUUAUAAUAUUUCAUAACGAAUUGCCUUGUCAUACUUUGCUUCUAGACCUAGAUAGCCAAAACAACGUUUUAAAUAAGUAAUAUGUUUAGAUCCACAGAUAAAUGAUUCUAGUUAGCCAAAACUCAUGCCCUUUAGAGAGCAAAAUUCCAAGAGUAUGGAUAAAAUGAAUUCUUCCAUGUUCAUCAAUUGCUUAGAUUCAUGCCAGUGUUAAAAUAUGGAUUAUGAAUUUGAGUUUUCGUUAAGUUUCUAAUUAACUUUUUCUUGUUAGCAGAAGAAAAGGUAAUUAUGCUGCGCUCUAUUGUACUGUUGGAUGCUGUAUAUACUGCUGUCAUCCUGGGAGUUUUUGCACUGUUGUGUUGCUGGGGUCUCA